CCUUUGCGACCAAACACGCCCAAUACGUUUCCUCCUGCUAUUCUGGAGUAGGGUUACCCUUUGCCCUUUCGUACCUUCUUCAGGCGCCAAAAUGCAAAUCGUGCCUCGCAAUCGAAGAGUUGAAGGAAUGAGCAGCCAAACCCCAACCACUGGUGACCGUUCAAGGACAUAUUGGACACCACCCAUGGAACGUUAUUUCAUCGAUCUUAUGAUAGACCAGAUGCAUAGAGGGAAUAGGAUUGGUCAUACAUUCAAUAAACAAGCAUGGACUGAUAUGCUCACUUGGUUCAAUGCAAAAUUUGGAUCCCAAUAUGACAAGGAUGUUUUGAAAAGUCGGUACACUAAUCUGUGGAAGCAAUUCAAUGAUGUAAAGAUUCUGCUCGAGCAGAAUGGGUUUGCCUGGGAUGAGACACGGCAAAUGGUAGCAGCUGAUGAUUUUGUAUGGGAUUCAUAUAUCAAGGUACACCCGGAUGCACGGUCCUACAAGACUAAAACACUUUUGAACUAUAGUGAUUUGUAUGUGAUAUUUGGAUAUGCAACUGCUGAUGGAAGAUACAGCCGUUCAAGUCAUGAUGUAGACAAUGAUGAUGACAUAGUAGCAAUAAAGAUUGGGGAAGGAACAGGUACUCAAGGAUUUGCAAGUAAUGAGCGUUCAAGGACAGACUGGACACCACCAAUGGAUCUUUAUUUUAUUGAUCUUAUGCUAGAUCAGUUGCAGAGAGGAAAUAAGAUUGAUCAUACAUUCAACAAACAAGCAUGGACAGAAAUGGUUAUCUUAUUUAAUGAAAAUUUCAAUUCUCAAUAUGGAAAGAGAGUUCUGAGGCAUCGGUACAAGAAGUUGUGGAAGUACUGCAAUGACAUUACAGUCCUUCUAGAGCAGAAUGGUUUUUACUGGGAUGAAGUACAACAUAGAGUAACAGCUGAUGAUGACAUCUGGGAUGCUUAUAUCAAGGCACAUCCCCAUGCACGAUCAUAUAGAACAAGAACCUUCCCAAACUAUAAAGAUCUAUGUUUGAUAUAUGGAAAUGGAAUUACUGGUGGAAGAUGCAGUCAUAUGGAUCAAGAAAAAGAUCUUGAAGAUGAUGCCAUAGGAGUGAAGACUGGAGAUGGAAGGGAGAGGGAGAGUGAAGUCCCCACCAGCACUGAUCGUUCUAGGACAUACUGGACACCACCAAUGGACCGUUAUUUUAUUGAACUACUGCUGGAACAGGUGAAUGCAGGGAAUAAAAUUGGUCAUACAUUUAUUACUCAAGCCUGGGUUGAUAUGGUCACAUCGUUCAAUGAAAAAUUUGGAUCUGAGCAUGACAAAGAUGUCUUGAAAAAUCGCUACAAACAUUUAAGGAGGCAAUACAAGGAUAUAACUGUUCUUCUGGAGCAAAGUAGGUUUUCCUGGGAUGAAACACGCCAAAUGGUUACAGCCGAUGAUCAUGUUUGGGAUGCUUAUAUAAAGGAACACCCUGAUGCUCGAUCAUACAGAAUCAAAACUGUGCCAAACUAUAAUAGUUUGUGCUUGAUAUAUGGAAAAGAAGCUACUGACGGGAGAUACAGUCGUUUGGCUCAUGACACUGAUGUUGACAAUGAUUUCUCCGGACAGAAAAUCGGAAAUGGAACAGAUAGCCAAGCAGUCAGUAGCAGUGAUCGCUCAAGAACUGAUUGGACACCCUCAAUGGACCGUUAUUUUAUUGAUCUUAUGCUAGAACAGGUGCAGAAAGGGAAUAAAUUUGAUAAUACUUUCAACAAACAAGCAUGGUCUGAUAUGAUCACAUUGUUCAAUGCAAAAUUUGGAUCCCAACAUGACAAAGAUGUCUUGAGAAGCCGGUAUAAAAAUUUGAGGAAGCAGUACAAUGAUAUGAAAUUUCUUCUUCAACAGAACGGGUUUACUUGGGAUGAAACACGACAAAUGGUAACAGCUAAUGAUGAUGUCUGGGAUGCUUAUAUCAAGGAACAUCCUGAUGUGAGAUCCUACAGAACUAAAACCAAGUCAAACUAUGUUGAUUUGUGCGUGAUUUAUGGAAACUCAAAUGCUGGAGGACACAAGUUCUCGGGGCAGGACAUAUACGUAAACGAUGAAGUCCUAAGGAUACCGACUGGCGAGGGGAAGGAUGGUGAAGCCCCUACCAAUAUUGAUCGUUCAAGAACAGAUUGGACACCACCCAUGGACCAUUAUUUCAUUGACCUUAUGCUGGAUCAGGUGCAUCAAGGGAAUAUGAUUGAUCACAAAUUCAACAAACAAGCAUGGACUGAUAUGAUCACAUUGUUCAAUGCAAAUUUUGGAUCUCUGCAUGACAAAGAUGUUUUGAAAAGUCGCUAUAAAAAUUUGAGGAAACGAUACACUGAUAUGAAGAUGCUCCUUGAUCAGGGUGGAUUUGCCUGGGAUGAAGCACGGCAUAUUAUAACUGCUGCUGAUGAUGUUUGGGAUGCUUAUAUCAAGAAACGCCCUGAUGCACGAUCCUACCGAACUAAAACCAUGCCGAACUAUAAGGAUUUGUGCCUGAUAUAUGGAAAUGUGAUGGUUGAGCAGAGACGGAGCCCUUCAGGACAUGCUAUAGGCUUUGUUGAUGACAUCCUGGGAGUACUAAUUGAAGGGAAUGAUGCCGAGGCCAUUGCCAACAGUGAUUGCCUGAGUACAGACUGGACACCACCAAUGUACCAUUAUUUCAUUGACCUUAUGCUAGAGCAGGUGCGAGGAGGGAAUAAGAUUGAUAAUAAAUUCAAUGAACAGGCAUGGAUGCACAUGAUUACAUUAUUCAAUGCGAAAUUCUCAAAUCAAUAUGGCAAAGAUGCUUUUGAAAGUCAGUUUGAUAACUUGAGGAAGCAAUAUAAUGAUAUUAUGGUUCUGCUUAACCAUGGCGGGUUUUCCGGGGAUGAUGCACAAAAAAUGAUAAUAGCAGAUAACAAUCACUGGAAUGCUUUCAUCCAGGCACACUCAGAUGCUCUCCCAUACAAAACUAGAAUCUUGGAGAAAUUUAAAGAUUUGUCAAUUAUAUAUGGAAAUGGGACUAUUGUUGGAGGGGACAACAAUUCAAGGCAACAUGUAGAUAUUGACUGUUAUAAACUAGAAAGGGAGAACGGUGGAAGGUCUCUAGAUUGUCAGUUGCCUGUCAUGUCAGCUUCCCCAAGAGAUCCACUGAAUGAUGUGCAGGAUUCAUCACCUUCAGGUAGAAAAAUGGAUACGUCUGACCAAAAGAACAAGCGUCGAUCUGUGAUGCCAGCUUCUUCUCAAUCUUGUUGGAAAGUGCAGAGAACUGGCGAAGGAAUGAUAGAUGCUCUCUCUGAAAUGGCUGAUGUAGUAUCAUCUUUGAAAAAUAGCAAAGAAAAUAAGAAAUUUGUCCCCAUUGAAAAUGUGAUUACUGAGCUCCAAGCUGUACCUGAUAUAGAUGAUGAGCUUCUGUUGGAUGCUUGUGAUCUUUUGGAAGACGAGAAAAAAGCAAAAACAUUUUUGGCAUUGGAUGUUUCACUUAGAAAGAAGUGGUUACUGAGGAAACUUCGUCCUUAGAAGGGUCUCAGUGUCUCCAAUGGAGUGUAAAAUUUUCCUUAUUGUGUUUUUCAAAUGGUCUACCUGUAUAAAUUGCUUGUGGUUUAUCUU